AUGACAAAUUUCUUUAAAUUUAAAAAAUCAAAUGAUGAAAAUGUGACUCAACCCAAAUUGGUAACAAAAGCUAUCAUAUCUUCUGACUUUAUAAAGAAAUUACCAAAGUAUGAAGAUAAGAGAACCAUAAUAUAUUACUGGGGAAAAAGAGUUAUAAAUGAAAAUGACGAAACACCAGAACACUUACCUACGAUAUAUACAGAACUUAGUAAUGUAAAGAUAAAAGAAAUUAGUUGUAACCGUACUUGUGCUUUAUUUUUAAGUAAUACAGGAAAUAUGUAUUCUUUUGGAAAAGGGUUACAUGGGGAACUAGGUCAAGGAACGAUGGUCGUUUAUAAUGCACAACCAUCAUUAAUUCCAACAGUAACAAAUAUAAAACAAAUAGCAUGUGGAUAUAAUCAUUCAUUAUGUUUAUCUAAUGAUAAUAUAUUAUAUGCUUGGGGUCAUGGGAAUUAUAACGGAUUAAAAUGUAAUUAUGAUAGAUUUACCCCAACUAUUUUAAAUAUAUAUGAUUAUGGUGAUGUUAUUGAAACUACAUUAAAUGCUUUGUCUCAUUUAAUUACGGAUUAUGAGAAAUCCGAAAAGAAAAAAAAAACAUGCACACAAAUUUAUGCUAAAUAUAAUCAAAGUAUAGCAGUUUGUGAUAAUAAUAGUUCCAUUUAUUUAUGGGGAGAAACAUACAAUAAUUAUUUAAAAUAUAUUCCAACAUUCUUUUAUAAAUUUCAAUUAGAUAAUAAAAUAAAACAAAUCGCAAUGGGUAAAAAUUUUGCGGUUGUUUUACUUGUCAAUGGAGAAUUAUAUGGAUGGGGUGAUGGCACCUAUGGAGAAUUAUGUAAAAGUUCAUUUGAUGAUGAAGGUGGGUGUUAUUUUAUUUAUCCUGAACCUUUAAUCUUAAGAGAUGCAAAUAAUAAGAAAUUACCAAAUAUUAAUAAGGUUAGUGCAGGAGCAAGACAUGUAUUAUUAAUAACAGAGGAUGAACAUGUUUGGUCUUUUGGAGAUAAAAUUUCAGGCCAAUGUGGUAUAUCCGGAUUUCAAAAUAUUGUUACAACACCAAAAUUUGUUGAAUUGAAUGAAAAUAAUCAAAAAGCUAAAAAAAUAUUUUGUGGAGAAAGGCAUUCUGCUUGCAUAAAUAAAUUUAAUCAACUUUAUAUGUGGGGACAUUCAGCUCAUCAUAAAUUAAUUUUUACAGCUAGCUCAGAUUUUCUAUUAAAUCAAAAUGUUCAACCUGGUAUUUCUAUUCAAUCAGGACUGAAACAAAAAUUUAAUAAAGCUACAUUAAUAUAUUCAAUGUUACAUCAAAAAGUUACAAAUGCAUAUUUAGGUGAUGACUUUACUAUUGUAGUCGUUGGAGGAGAAACAUUUGAAAAAUGUAAACAAGGUGAUCAACUUUCAGACAAAACCUUUUAUUCAGUUCAAGAGGAAAAUGCAUUUAUAUCUAUUUGA